AUGUUUCUUUGCUGCAGGGAAUCUAUUCAUCAAAAACUGUCCCUACUGCUCUUCGCUUUCUUUCUCUGCCUGUCCCUACUGCUCUUCGCUUUCUUUCUGCCUGUCCCUACUGCUCUUCGCUUUCUUUCUCUGCCUGUCCCUACUGCUCUUCGCUUUCUUUCUCUGCCUGUCCCUACUGCUCUUCGCUUUCUUUCUCUGCCUGUCCCUACUGCUCUUCGCUUUCUUUCUCUGCCUGUCCCUACUGCUCUUCGCUUUCUUUCUCUGCCUCUUUCUUUCUCUGCCUGUCCCUACUGCUCUUCGCUUUCUUUCUCUGCCUGUCCCUACUGCUCUUCCGCUUUCUUUCUCUGCCUGUCCCUACUGCUCUUAGCUUUCUUUCUCUGCCUGUCCCUACUGCUCUUUCGGCUUUCUUUCUCUGCCUGUCCCUACUGCUCUUUCCUUUCUUUCUCUGCCUGUCCCUACUGCUCUUCUCUGCUUUCUUUCUCUGCCCCUACUGUCCCUUUCUUUCUGCCUGUCCCUUACUGCUUUCUUUCUUUCUCUGCCUGUCCCUACUGCUCUUCGCUUUCUUUCUCUGCCUGUCCCUACUGCUCUUCGCUUUCUUUCUCUGCCUGUCCCUUUACUGCUCUUAGCUUUCUUUCUCUGCCUGUCCCUACUGCUCUUCGCUUUCUUUCUCUGCCUGUCCCUACUGCUUUCGCUUUCUUUCUCUGCCUGUCCCUACUGCUCUUCGCUUUUUCUCCUGCCUGUCCCUUUCUCUGCUUCCCCUACUGCUUUCUUUCUUUCUCUGCCUGUCCCUACUGCUCUUCGCUUUCUUUCUCUGCCUGUCCCUACUGCUCUUCGCUUUCUUUCUCUGCCUGUCCCUACUGCUCUUCGCUUUCUUUCUCUGCCUGUCCCUACUGCUCUUCUUUCUUUCUCUGCCUGUCCCUACUGCUCUUGGCUUUCUUUCUCUGCCUGUCCCUACUGCUCUUCGCUUUCUUUCUCUGCCUGUCCCUACUGCUCUUAACUUUCUUUCUCUGCCUGUCCCCUACUGCUCUUUUCUUUUUCUCUGCCUGUCCCUACUGCUCUUCGCUUUCUUUCUCUGCCUGUCCCUACUGCUCUUCGCUUUCUUUCUCUGCCUGUCCCUACUGCUCUUCGCUUUCUUUCUCUGCCUGUCCCUACUGCUCUUCGCUUUCUUUCUCUGCCUGUCCCUACUGCUCUUCGCUUUCUUUCUCUGCCUGUCCCCUCCCACUUCUUUCUCUUACACCUAACUUUGAACAGAUGGGAUUGGAGAGCUGA